GAGGACUUCCCCACAGAACGAUCAUGAGCAGCAGAAUCAGUUUCUUUGAGGUGGAAAUUAUAGACUGCAAAACAAAGCAGCAAUUGUGCUUUCUAGACAAGGUAGAACCUAAUCUUACAGUUAGCGACAUAAAGCUGAUGUUUCAUAAAUGCUAUCCUCAAUGGUAUCCAGCAAGACAGUCAAUACGGUUAGAUCCCAAAGGCAGAUCACUGAAAGAUGAAGAAAUACUGCAGGACCUUCCAGUUGGCACAACAGCUACCUUAUAUUUCAGGGAUCUGGGCCCACAGAUUGGAUGGACUAUGGUUUUCCUAACAGAAUACGCAGGCCCACUUUUUGUAUAUUUUCUGUUCUAUUUCCGAAUGCCUUUCUUCUACGGGUUAGCAAAGGCUUUUACAUCCAGCCCACACUCUGUAGUACACUUGGCAUGCUGCUGUCAUACGUUCCAUUAUAUUAAAAGGUUGAUUGAAACAAUAUUUGUUCAUCGCUUUUCCCAUGGGACGAUGCCUCUGAGGAGCAUUGUUAAGAACUGCUUUUACUAUUGGGGAUUUGCAGCAUGGCUGGCUUACUACAUCAACCACCCUCUUUAUACUCCACCAACAUAUGGAAAAAAACAGAUAAGUUUGGCCAUGAUCAUGUUUCUGAUGUGUGAAACUGGUAAUUUCUCUAUUCAUGUAGCGCUGAGCAAUCUGAGAAUAGAUGGUUCAAAAUCACGAAAGUAUCCCUUCCCAACACGAAAUCCAUUCACAUGGUUAUUUUUCUUUGUGUCAUGUCCCAACUACACCUAUGAGGUGGGAAGCUGGAUUAGUUUCACAGUGAUGACCCAGUGCGUCCCAGUUGGACUAUUUACACUGAUCGGUUUUAUUCAGAUGACAAUUUGGGCAAAGGAGAAACAUCACAGAUAUAUCAGGGAGUUCAAGGAUUAUCCAAGACUACGGAUGUCAAUCAUCCCCUUUCUGCUGUGA